CACUGCGCGCGCUGCAAGGUGUGCGCCCAGCACAAACCUGCCCUACUACCUCGGAAUGCUUCGACUGGCUAGCGCGCUGCUCCUAUGCUUCCUCGCUCCCGCGUCAUCGGCUCUGGCGCUGAUGACAUCUCGGCGCGCGCUCUUGCUGCGUGGUGGUGCUGCGGCCACCGAGAUUGCGGAGCCUCCGCUGACAGAGGUGCGGCUCAUCGAGGACGAGACGGAGCUGUCAGAGGUUUUCGAGGAGGCGGGCUCGCGCCUGGUGGUGGUUGACUACUUCGCGCACUGGUGCGGCCCGUGCAAGAAGCUCAGUCCCGUCCUCGAGGCGCUCGCGCGGAAGCAUCGGCCGAGCGGCAGGCCGGGUGGCGGCGGCAAGCAGGGCGGCGUGCUCUUUGUCAAGGUGGACGUGGACCAGUCGCGCGAGCUGGCGCAGGAGCAGCAGGUGCGAUCGAUGCCGACGCUCCACUUCUACCGCAACAGCGCCAAGGUGCACACCAUCGUUGGCGCGGAUGUCGCCGCGAUCAAGGCAUUUAUCAAGCGGCAGACGCUGCACCCGCUGCUCCGCGCGCUGUCGGGCGGGCACGUCGCGGCGGUCGCGAUCUCGGCCUACCUGGCCUGGACGUGGCGGCUGAGCCACCAGCCGCUAAAUCUCGCCGCAUGAGGGUGUCGCCGCUCCCGACGCCCGCCUGUGGCGUUCGUUUUCGUGGAAAUAAAUAUAAAACGGACACCUCCAUUGUGAGGUGGGGAAAAAGGAACAGGUCCC